AUGCACACCCGCCCAGGAUUAGCGUUCUGGCUGGGCGUUUGGAUUGAGUUCGCGCUAUGUCCGCCGGGAGGUAGAGGUUUUUUAACUUUGAAGGUGAAGGAGGUUAUUUUGGAAGGCAGAAUGAGCGAAGUAUCUAAUUAUGGGUGGAGUAACUUGUUAUCAAGGGGUUUGGGCAGGAUAAAUAUAUUGCACGAGACAAAGUUAUGGGUAGGGUAGGGUAGGGUUGGGUAGGGUAGGGUAGGGUAGGGUAGGGUAGGGUAGGGUAGGGUAGGGUAGAGUAGGAUAGGGUAGGGUAGGGUAGGGUAGGAUAGGGUAGGGUAAGGUAGGGUAAAGUGUCAAAUAAAUUUUUAAAAAUACUUUUGUUUUCCAGAAGCACUAAAAACUACCCCAUCAACGCGCUCAAAAGGUGAAAUAGCAUGUUAUUCAUGCUUUUCAGUCAGCUCUAUCGACCCAUUGGACGAUGACAAUGUAAUUCAAGAAAAUGAAAAUGUCACAAUUUUAAAGGGCAUCAUGAAAGAGGUAAGUCACAACUAAAAAAUUUUUGUUAAAACCUUAAAUAUGUAUUUUACACUACUGUAACUAAAAAAUUUUAAAUUUCUAAUAAACUUGCAACAGAAUGCCAAAUUUUUUUUAAUAUUCACCAUACCACAUAUUUAAAAAAAAUGCUUAUGACAAAUUUAAAUUGUACCGACAUUACUUUUAGGCCGGCAUGACCGUGCCAGCACUAGUCCCUCGAUGUGCUGACCGUUCUUCCUCAGGAAACUUGAACUUCUUCGGUGCUCACAUUCACGUUUGUGAAAAUAGCGUGAAUGAGCCCGGAGCUUGUGUUAAACUCAAAGGAACGUUCAAUGGUAAGAUUUUUUAGAAACUAAAGUUUAAAUUUUAAAAAAAAUCCGAAAAUUCAAAAAAAAAUAUCGAAAAAAUUUUAAAAACUUUUUAAAAAAUUACCAUAAAAAUUAAAAAAUUAAUUUUUUUUCAAAUUCAGGUGAAAGCUUCGUGUACCGCGACUGUUGGGAACGUAUGUGGAAUGACCCACGCCCCUUUCAUCAUCGUAUGUCACAAAAAUGUUUCAACGACGAAAUGGUGCAAAACUUUAUCGCCACCGACAAAAACACGAUAUGCUUCUGCGAAGACGACUUGUGCAACGCUGCGAAUCAUUGGGUGAAUCCAUUCUCAAUACUGGUUUUGAUUCUUGUUUUUUGUUUCGUUUUUUAA